AACUGUUGGGUUCCGUCACAAUAACACAAAAGGUAAAUAACAGGAAAAUAAAAGAUAACAUAGUUCAGGGUCUUGAAAAAUCCUCUCAAUGUUUUGAUCAUCCAGAAGUAUAGAAUUUUUGAUAAUGACGACUACGCUUCAACAACAAGUCUUUGCUUUGGAUGCAAAGUACAAUGCACAUAGAGCCAAACAAAGCCCUAAUUAUCGUACCCUUUAUAUUAGAAGACGUUGUCAGUUACUUAGGGACACUGAUAGGGAUGUAGAUCAAUGGAAACAAUACUUACGCUUAAGAUCUACAUUAUUACAGCAAAGAUAUGGUGCAAAUAUUGCAGUAAAUGAAGAGUUCAAUUCUUUUAAAAAGACCAUUUCAAAGAGUUCUUCAGUAGGCAGCUGGAAAGCAUCACCAAGUGGACAUGUUAUUCCAACAAUACAUGCUGAAGCAUCAAAAGCUAUUGUUGGUGGUAAUACAUUAACAGAUAAUUAUGCUUUUAAAGGUGUGCAUCAUAUUUUUGACCAGCAUACUGCAGCUGUACCAAUGAUUAAAUUUGCCAACAAUGAUAGAACUCUCCUUUGCUGUUCAUCAGUAGAUGCAAGUUUAUCAAUCUGUGAUGUAUCCUUACAACCACCAAAGGUUGUUACUAUGUUAAAAGGGCACCAGCAGACUGUAACCAGCUUUGAUUGGUCAAUCAACAAUGAUUUAAUUGUGAGCUCUUCCAUGGAUUGCACAUUAAGGAUGUGGGACUCAGCUAGUGGCAAAUGCUUACGUACGAUUCAAGAUCCGAACGAAGCACAAUUAUUAUGCUGCAUAUUUCAGCAAAUGAAUAACAACUUAGUAAUUGUUGGGAAUAGCAUUGGACAGAUGAGAGUUGUAAAUAUAUCAACUGGAAUAUUCACACCCAAUAAAUGCAUUGUUGGUGGCAAUGUGUUAAGCUUAGCUUCACAGACAAAUGGAAAAAUAGUGUGGGCGGGCAAUGAUAGAGGUGAAAUCGUGUCAACAAUUUGUGAUAUCAAUGGGAAUCUGCAAUGCACCCGGAAAUUAAGUUUAGGCGCAUGUUGUUCAGUCACGAGUCUAAGUUAUCGGGCAUGGAUCAGUCGUGAAGCCAGAGAUCCGACAUUGCUAAUUAAUUGUAGCAACAACGCUAUCUGUCUCUUUCGGAUUAUUAAUAAGGACGGAGAACUGAAAUUAAAACGAAAAUUCGAGAAUAGACAUCAGAAACAUCUGGUUAGGUCAAUAUUCUGUCCAAUUAUGUCAUUUAGGCAAGGUGCAUGUAUUGUUACCGGCAGUGAAGACGGAAGCGUUUAUUUCUUGGAUAUUGAGCGGACAGAUGGCAAAGCGUGCGUGAAUACAUUGCAAGGCCAUGCAUGCGCUGUUCUGGGCGUUUCUUUUAAUUAUGAUGAAUCACUGUUGGCAACCAGUGAUUUGGAAGGAUUGGUGAUAGUGUGGAAGCGAUCGGACGUUAAAAGCUAACUGCAACAUAUUUUGGUAUUUAUAAUUAUUUAUAAUAUAAGUAUAUUAUACAUCUACAACUACAAAGAUUCAACCGAUCACAUUUUGUAUUAGUACUAACCUCUUGUACUACAAAUCUACAUAAUAGGGUAUAAUAUAUAAUUAUUUCAUUCAUUAGAGGGGGAAGGUACGAUUAGAAAAUUUGUAAUCAACGACACCGUACACAUUAAAAUACUGAUUAGAUCAGCCUACAAAUUCCAUUAAUACGGACAAGACAGGACGUACAUUUGUGUAAAAUUGAUUAAAUUGGUUGCUUUAAUCAUAUUGAUUUUUUCUAUUGGCUUAGUGUUAACUUCAUCGUUAUGAGAAGUAAAAAUAAAAUCAUGUCAAAUGUUCGCUUGAUCACUAAGUAUUCUUCCGUGUUCUUUAUGUAUAUUUGAUUAAUUGUUAGAUAUCACAAUAGAUAAGAAAUUAAUAUUAA